AUGUCCCUACCAACAUUAGGCAGCGUCCUUCUGGGGCUGGCCCUUUUGUAUUUUGCAAAGUCAGUGCUACUCCGCAAGAAGACGUCUGCACCACUGCCCCCAGGCCCGCAGCCGAAGCCGAUCAUUGGAAAUCUGCGGGAUCUGCCGCGACCUGGACAGCAGGAGUGGGUUCACUGGUUGAAAUUCAAGGAGCUCUAUGGCCCAAUCAGUUCGGUCUCGAUGUUUGGCCAAACCAUCAUUAUCCUUAAUGACCACCAGGUGGCAGUUGACCUCAUGGAAAAGCGCUCUGCCACAUACUCAUCCCGACCUCGAAUGGUCUUUGCCGGGGAAAUAGUGGGCUGGGAAGACGUGUUAGGCUUGCAGGGAUACUCCGAUCGCUUUCGCUUUUAUCGCAAAGUGUUGCAUCGUGUUCUGGGUACCAAGGCCCUAAUGUCACGCUUCAACCCCUUGCAGGACGUUGAAGUGCGGCGGUUUCUUCUGCGCGUUUUGCAGAAGCCGGAUGACUUGAUUCAACAUAUUCGAACGGAGGCCGGAGCGGUGAUCCUCAAGAUCGCUUAUGGAUAUAACAUUGAGCCCAAUGGCCCUGAUCCCCUCGUUGACUUGGCAAACGAAGCAAUGGAGAAUUUCUCAGUUGCGGGGAAUCCAGGGACCUGGCUGGUCGACACCAUUCCUCUUUUGAGAUACCUUCCCGCCUGGUUCCCAGGCGCUGGAUUCAAGCAGACAGGCUAUGCUUGGAGAAAGACAUUGCUCACAACCAUUGAGAAGCCAUAUCAACUUGUGAAGCAGCAAAUACGUCAGGGUUCGUACUCACCCUCAUACUUGGCUAGUGUCCUCAAACAAAGCGAGGGAAAGCCUACUGCUGAAGAAGAGUUUGCGAGCAAAUGGACGGCCGCAUCACUUUACCUAGGAGGGGCGGACACUACUGUAUCGUCGUUAUCCUGCUUCUUCUUGGCAAUGGCAUUAUACCCUGAAGUCCAGCGCAAAGCCCAAGAGGAGAUCGAUCGUGUCAUCGGGCCGAACAAGCUUCCUACGUUUGAUGAUCGUGAGAAGCUCCCAUACAUUGAGGCCGUGGUCAAGGAAACCCUUAGAUGGCACCCCGUUGGCCCGAUGGGCAUUCCGCACUUGGUCACUGAGGAUGAUGUUUAUGAAGGCUACCUCAUCCCCAAGAGCGCUCUAAUCCUGCCAAACAUCUGGUGGUUCACACAUGAUCCCACUAUCUAUCGUGAUCCCGAGACGUUCAGACCUGAGCGUUUCCUGGGCGACAAUCCUGAGCUCGAUCCGCAUAGCCUUGUGUUUGGUUAUGGCAGACGCAUCUGUCCUGGUCAAUUCUUAGCAGAUGCAACCGUCUUCCUCAGUACUGCACAGUCUCUGACGGUUUUCAAUUUCUCUAAACCAGAAGGGGAAGAUCUACAGGCUGAAUUUCUCCCGGGUGUUAUCAGCCACCCGGCACCAUAUAGUCUCGAUAUCACCCCUCGGAGCGCUGCCCACAAAGCAUUGAUCCGUUCAGUGGAAGUGGAGCAUCCGUGGGAAGAGAGCCACGCGAAAGAGCUCGAGAAGGUGGGGUGUUGA